AUGGAGGAGAGAGAGAGAAAAGCAGGCAGUGACGAGACGAUACCGGCAGCCGGUUCAAGUACACCACCGGUCCCGGAGCAGGGUCCGGGGGGAGACAGUAAAGCCGGGGACGAUGACGCAGAAAAAACAGAUGUGUGCUCUGAGAAGUUUGACCCUCUCUUUGCCCUGUACUCUCCCACCGUGGCGCUUCCUUUUCCAAACGUCAAAUGCUUUAACAAUGUGGCAGAGUACGAGAGCUUCCUGAAGGGCGGCCGGGGCAGAGCCAAACCCGAGAAUGUGGAGAAGAAGCGGCUAAAGGCGAUGAAAGGCGUGGCGGACCCGGAGCGCAUCGAGAGGCUGAAGAAGCUCAUGGUGAAUAACCCGCUGCCCCAGACAGAGGAGGGGGAGAGCAGCGGCGCGCCGCGGAGGAGGAGGCGGCAGAAGCCCCAGAAAAAUGUCCUUACAAGGAUGCCCCUAAGUAAAGGCAGUCCUUUGGGUGAGCUGUACCGAUGCGUUGAGGAGAGGAUAAGGGUCAAAGUUCACAUCAGGACCUUCAAGGGACUGAGGGGAGUGUGCUCUGGCUUCGUCGUGGCCUUUGACAAGUUUUGGAACAUGGCAAUGGUAGAUGUAGAUGAGACAUACAGAGAGCCUCUGCUUGGAGAGGCAUUCUACCACGAGAAAGCCCUCACUAUCUCACGGCUCUUUGAGAAGCUAAAGCUUCAGGAAAGCUCAGGAGGCGAUGAGCAAGCAAAGAAGCACGAAGCCAAGGAGCAAGCCGGCGAGCAAACUACUGAAAAAAGCCGGUCUUCUCACCCUACUAGCACAAGAGGGGCAAGCAGGACAGAGUCCAUGCCGUCAGACAUUGUUGAACCAAAACAGGACAAACACAAGGUCUCGGUAAAGUCUCACGGCUCAGAAGCCCGUCAGAAGAACAACUCCCAGAAGUACGGCAAGGUCCAUACACGCCACAUCAACCAGCUUUUCAUCCGGGGUGAGAGCGUUAUCCUGGUUAACCCACAGCCACUCUGAUUUUUGUCUUCUGUUUGAUAUUUACCCUGGACAAAACAUUAUAUCUUCAGCUAACGUGCUGUACAGAUACAUUUGAAUUUAAGUGUUAUUUUUUUACACUGACCAUAUGUAAUAAAAGACGUGUGUAUAUGAGGUGCCGGAGAGAUCUCUAUGAUUUAAUUAGAUUCGGAAGAAUCAAACGAACAUUACUGUUAUAUCAUAUUGAUAUGGAGGUUUCUCUGUGCCCACCAGAGAAAUCAUCUUCAUUUUGAGAAAUAAAAGCUUCUCAG